ACGGCCAUACCACGUUGAAUGCACCAGUUCUCGUCCGAUCACUGAAGUUAAGCAACGUCGGGCUCGGUUAGUACUAGGAUGGGUGACCGCCUUGGAAUACCGAGUGUCGUAAGCUUUUUACUUUUUCCCUUGUUUUUACGUGUUCUUCUUUUGUGUAGAAGAACGAAUAUUCUUCUUUUGUAUAGAAGAACGAAUAGCUUCGCAUAAGAUGGAAUAUGUUUCAUUUUGAUCAAAUUUAUUGAAAAUUUCAAAACUUAUUAUCUACUAUCAUGCCGAUUCUUCCGACAUUUUUUUGUUGUUGUUUCUAAACCCAAAAUGGUAUUGUCGUACAUUUGAGAAACGAUUUGACGCUUUUGUAUCGUUACUAAACGGUCGGUGUUGAUUUUUUAAAAUACUUUUUUGAAAAAUAUUUUAAGAAAAUAGAGGGUUUUUAUCAAUAUCACAAAAACCUAAAAGUAUUCUAUUUUUCGUUACGAAACUCAAAGGAUUGACAUAUAAACCCUUUUAGUAUUGGACCUUGGUGGAAGAGUGUGAAGUUUUUUUACUUUUAGUGAAAUCUUCGUUAAAAAAAACGGUUUAAAGCGUACUUUUGAUAGAUGAGGUGACAUUCCAGAGCACGAGAAAAUACAUUUCGAUUCCACUUUGACACAUAACACCGUGUUCAAAAUAAAUAUAUUUUGAUUGCGUUUUGUGUUUGAAAGUAAUCGAGAUUGAAUCAAAAAGUCCACAUACAAUGCAAUUCUGACAAAACGAACGUUAAAAAAGGAUUUUUCACGCAAUUUAAUCGAUGUAAAAACAAGAGAAAGAUAAAAAGUCUUAAACAGAAAUUUCUGUGGCGAAGAGUAUGACAUUGGUGGGGAGGGAAGAAAAAGAGGUGGAAAAAAAACUCUUUAGAUAAUGUGACCAAGGGUAGUAUCUUGUGAUCUUAGCAUCAUGGCGAUUCUUCUGACAUUUUCGUAUCGAAAGAUGCGGCGUGCUGAUGAGGAAGAUGGAUAGUCACGUAAUUGCUUUUUAUUGGAUUGGUUCUUUAGGUUGGUUUUUAUGUAUAGUGUCUGAAUUUUUUGUUGUGUUUUGCCUUUGUCAGAGACUGUGUGUUGAUGGCCAUUGUUUUAUUUUGGGCUAUGUCCCCACAGGUGGCAUGUCUUGUAAAAGUAGGUUUUUUUCGAUUUUUAAGUGUCGGCACUUAUACUUCGGGGUGCUCUUCCAUUCGAGAUAGUAAAUGUCUGUUUUAAUAGACUUUGGAUGUAGUGAAAAACAAGGUGAAAGUUGCGUGGUUCUGAGACAGGUCCAAACUUGGCGUGCGUAGCAGGCAUGCCGAAUAUGACUCUUUUAGCGAACAAGUGUGGGUUUUUGUUUUAGAUGCUCUAUAUGUUGACAUUUUUGCGGCUCUUAUGUCAUGUAAUGGUUUGUGGACCUGGACGGGCGCGCCCGAAAAGAAUAAGUGAAAGUUUGUAAGCAUACAUUACAUCCUUUUUGUUCAACCGUUCUCCGUCACUGCUGAGCUAGCAUAAGAGAACAGUUAAGAUUUUCAAUAUCCUGCUCACACCACACCGUAUUGUGGCGCCCUUUAUUGAGUUUGUUUUGUAAUUAACUAGUUGACUGUAUGUAGUGAGAGAUGAUAUCUGAGUGUGCUUCUGCGGUCUUGUACAGUUCUGCGGCAGAAUAAUGUAUAGUGGUUAUGCUCUCUCUUAUGAUUGGAUUGUCCAUGGAAUAUCUAACGGCCAUUUUUUGGUAUUUUGCGCACACGCAAACACACAGAGAAUCACUUUGUAAGACCCUAGACUAAAGUCAAGGGAACAAUCAGCAAAUGCUUUAAAUUAUUAUGGAAGUGAAAAUGAUGCCUUGCUCCAUGUUUGCGGCUAGGCAAGUCUGGUAUCACUCUAUUAGCACCAUCGUGGCUUCUAGUUUUAUUUAAGGGUAAAGUAUAGGUCUGUUGAUAAGGACUUAAUUGCUAAUAAUAUGUGAUUUUUCAGGGAAGUUAUAGCUCAGUAAGAAAUGACCAUAGCACUACAUGCUAAUUUAAAAGAAUGUUGUCUUUCUUUAUCUAAAUAAUUUUAAAAAUUAAAAUAAUACAAAGAAUUUGAUGACCAUGAGUUCUCGACAACCAGUACGAAAAGUGUUGGCAAUUGUGACGAAUGAUAAUACCAAGAAACGAGAUCGAAAUUCUGUGAUUAGCAGUAGCUCACUAUCGGUAUGCACAAGAUAAUCGUGAAUCUGUCGUGUACAUAAUUGAAUUUGAUCUUGUUCUUUUGUUUUUAGCUGCCUCAGUCAUCGUUUGAACGUUUAAGAAAAACAGAAAGAGAAUUGUUCAAAUCUUUAAAUUAUCUGGAACAAGUUUUAACACAUAACAAAUUGGAAAUAUUGAGUAGCAUUACUACAUCAUUAAUUGAAAACAUACUCGAUUUUGACAGUGUUUUAAAAGGAAUAUUUGAAAACGAAACAGAAUUGUACAGAUUAUCACUGUUGGCGGACGUUUAUUCAUUAUUGGCAGAUUUAAUUAACUGGGCAGAUAAGGUUUUGUUAAAUAAUCUAAAAGUAAUUGAUAAAACAUAUGAAAAAAUUAUUAAUGAUUUUAAACAAGCUGUAAAGGACGCCAUAUCCAUUGCAUGUGAAAAUUUAUCGACACAAAGUGUUGAGUCACGUUCUGAUUCAUUUCAUAGUUUCGGAUCGACAAACAGCUCCGAUGAUGAUUUAGCACCAACAUUGCCACCGAAACGUCGAGUACGUCCCGUAAGUUGUUCAAGUACAACAACAACCCCAUCGACCAAUUUGACAUCCAAAAACACAAACGGACAUAAGAAGAGUACAAAUUCAUUGAUAUCAACCAUCACAUUAACCUCGAAUCAAGUUUUACCUGAACAACAAUGCACAAGUUUAACUCCUGUUCGUGAACAUUAUACACUUGAUGAUGAAUCAUCUUUAAAAGAUGAUCAACGUAUCCAAUUGAUUGUGAAUGAUAUUAAUGAUAUUGUCGAAAAAUAUACAAAAGAAUUGGAAGAUGCAUUGCGUCAAACAAAAUCAAUGCCAAAUACCGAUUUUCUUCCUCCCACUCAUAAAUCUGGUUCAUCAUCAUCAUUGGUUCAUCGUAAUAAUACUCAUUUUUCUUCCACUUCUUCUCGUUCACCAUCAUCCGAUAAUGUUGUUACUCUAUUAACUGAUGAACAAUCAGAAAAGGCCGUGGCGACAAUAAAUCCAUUAUGGUCAACAUUAUCAUAUCGUCGUAAUAGUAUUGAUGCGUUAUCUACAACAACCGAUCCAUCACUCAAAUAUGAAACACGUAUAUCAAAAAUGAGUAAAAGAACAACAUUAACAACAACAACAACAAUGAACGGAAAACGUUUAGAAGACAAAAAAGAGUCAUGUCAAAUUUAUAAUGAAAUGGAAUGUGCGUUAGCAUCUGAUAAAGCCGAUUAUUUAGCUAAUCAACGAAGCUUAUUUAUAAGAAAUGAUAAAAUACAUCAACCAUCAAUUGGAUAUGAAAAUCAACAAACAAUACAAACAAAUAAAACAGAACUGAAAGAGAUCAUGCGUCUAAAUAAUAACAGCCACUUAACGAUUGAAAAUCAACGAAAAACAAAUGCCAUUAUCAAAGGAGAAUCGUCUCAUUUGAAAACACCUGAAACAGUUACACUAGUUGAAGGUUCUUGUGAAGGUUAUAAAAAAACUGACUCAGAAUCAACUACAUCGCCAACAAAUGGCAGUAAGACGCCACCGUUACCACCCAAACGAAAAACAGCGCGAGCAUACAUGUCACUAUUUGAUCGCUACGAUGAAAAUCAAGCCCAGGCAUUUUUACGGGAUGAAUUCUUUUUAAAUCAACCACCACAACGACGAUUUGAAGAUUUAUUUGAGCAAUUACAUGAACAUUUUCGUGAAAUGAACAUUUUUCCAUCGGAUGAAUCAUUAAAAAGUUCUAUUCGAACAGAACAACAACAAAUUCCAUCUAGUCUAACUCAUGUGACCAAUGGACUCCCGAAGAAUGGCAUAAAACAAGCCGAUAAUAAUUCAGAACAUGCACAAAAGAAUCUGAAUAAAUACGAUAUUGAUACAGAUGUUGCAAACCAAGCUGAAAUGGAGUUGUUUUUAGAAGAUGUAUCACAUUUACUUGUUUUUAAUCAAAAAGAAGAUCCAUCCUUGCGUGGUGGUACUGUUGAUGCAUUAAUUAUUCGAGCCACAUCGCCCGAUAAAAAAGAUUUUAUUUAUCAAGAAGCAUUUUUAACCACCUAUCGCACGUUUGUCAAACCACAAAAACUUGUUGAAAAACUCAUACAACGCUAUACAUUUUUCUUUAAAUGUGAAGCAAAGAAAAAAAUUGCUCGUUAUGCAAUUUCCUUGUUAAUUCGAGUUAUUGAUGAAAUAGAUAAUGAACUAUCGGAUAAUAUGAUGACGUCCUUAUCAUUAUUUGUCACAAACUUAAUACGAAAUAGUGAAUUACAAUUGGGAAAAUUAUUGCGACGAAAAUCUUUGGAACGUUUUUUAAAACGCACACAACAAAAUAAAACAAAUAUUAUUUUAAUACAAAAUCAAAUAUCACCGAAACGUUCAACACUUUUAGAUUUUCAUUCAAACGAUAUUGCUGAACAAAUGACAUUAUUAGAUUCAGAAUUAUUUCUAAAAAUAUCAUUACCAGAAAUAUUGUAUAUGUCAAUUGAAAAAGGAGAAGACUAUUGUCCAAAUUUAUCAUAUUUCACUGAACAUUUCAAUAAAAUGUCUUAUUGGGUUCGAUCACGAAUAUUAGAACAAAAUUCACAGAGACAGCGUGAAAAUUACUUUGAAAAGUUUCUCAAAAUUUUAAAGCAUCUACGACGUCUAAAUAACUUUAACUCAUAUUUGGCUAUAUUAUCUGCUCUCGAUUGUGGACCACUGAAACGUUUACAUUGGUCUAAAAGUAUUAUCGAAUCAAUAGCAGAACACACAGUUUUAAUCGAUAGUACAGGCUCAUUUAAAAACUAUCGUGAGGCAUUAUUAAAUUCUGUUGGUACACCAUGUAUACCUUACAUUGGUCUAAUAUUAUCUGAUUUAACAUUUGUUCAUAUUGGAAAUGCCGAUUAUUUACCUGAUGGUAAAACAGUUAAUUUUUGGAAACGAUGGCAACAAUUUAAUAUACUUCAUAAACUUCGUUAUUGUCGAAAAUGGGAACAUAAAUUUGAACGUUGCGAUCGUAUAUUGUUCUUUUUCAAUAAUUUUGAUGAUUAUAUGAGUGAAGAUUCACAAUGGCUUCAAAGUGAAAAAAUAAAACCACGAUCAAAAGCAAAUCCCUACGGUUAA